AUGCUUAUUGGUAUUGUCGGUAGCAUCAUGUUCAUCCUCACUAAAUUCGACGAUCUUGUUCAGAUCCCGCCUCAUGGAUUUCGAAACAAUCAAAUCACCCAGCGUGAUCUCGAAGACAGGAUCAAUGAAAAGUACUCGAACAAGGUUGUGCAGAAAGUCGGACUAUGCAUCUGCAUGUAUGACCUCCUGAAAGCCUCAGACGGGUUGAUCGGUACUGGUACAGGCAAUGCAAACGUAAAUGUACAUUUUCGAAUGAUCGUCUUCAGACCUUUCAAAGGCGAGAUCAUCACAGGCAUCGUUCGGAAAUGUAUAACGACGGGCAUUCGAAUCACGACACAAUUUUUCGAUGAUAUCUUCGUACCUCAGACCAUGCUCUUCGAGGGUUGCGAGUUCAAUGAAGCAGAAAAGACUUGGGUUUGGAAGACAGAAGAAUCCGAACUCUGGUUCGACGAAGGCACGGUCGUCAAUCUGCGGAUCGAGGCAGAGAAAUGGCACGAUCAAGCACCCAAAGGACCUGCCGACGCCGAGAAGGACGGCGAACGUAAAGUUCCCUACGCAAUUGAGGCAUCAAUGGCUGAAGCUGGCCUGGGAGGGGUCGAAUGGUGGUGA